GUCAAUGGCAAUGUGACAUUGUCAGAAAACAUUGCUGAUAACGGCGGAAUAAAAUAUGCUUUUCGGGUAAGUGAAAAUUGGCAAGAACGCCGUUCUCUGUGCAUUUAACAGUACCAAAAUGAAAUAUGUACCUGAUAAAUGUGAUAUGAGACAAAUCAUUUUAUAUUCUACUACGAUUCUCACCAAACUAUUGCAUCACAAUGAAAAACAUCGUUCUUCGUUCCUCCAUCGAGGACGAAUAUUUUGGAAAAAUUCGUUGUGUACUUCAUUCUGAACGAAGGCAGCAAAACAGCGAUGGGAUAUAGUUUAAUAUCUCGCACUCUCGCUGUUUUGUCUGGUGCAAGUUAAGGGAUUAGAGUCAGUAUUAUACAUACACAGCAACACGUAAAUCCAUAACGGAAGACACGUUGAGUGACGCUAAACUCAGUAUGCGCAAGAUAAUGUGCAGACGGGCAAAAAUUGUCAUCGUCUUCACAUUUUGUUGUCUUGCUCAAACUCUCGAAUAAGACUUGAACGAGCCUUCUUUGAAACGGUUCUGCUUUCUUGCAUUGGUAAAGUGAUUCAUACAGCAACGAUUUAAUCGACGGAUGGAAUUUAAUGGAACCAAACCGUUCAAUGGACGGCUGGGAGCGCAAUGUAACGCAUUAGCGAAAGGAAAGGGGAAAGGAAAGCAUUAGCGAAGUAUAAAGUUCAUCAAUAAUCGCGAGCGCAUGACUAUGCAUGGGGCCUAAAAAAAUACCUGUGGUUCAAGUUUCAUAUCGUGAAAAAAUUAGGGGCGGUAGGUCGGAAAUUUUUUUAAAAUAUUUUUUCAUGGUUUUGGCGGUUUUUUGCUUGGCCAUUUACAGUGGAGUCCCGACAUCAAUAUUAACUAGAGAUGCGUAUUUGCUAUGGAUGAAUUUAGGCAAUCUGGUUCAAUAAUUAGUCUGACAACAGACGCCAUUUUGGCACGCUGUAUGAGCAGCCCGCAACCACCUGGAGAAAUAGGGUCGCACGGUCAAUAGCGCUGAAAAAAUAAUAGGGUCGGCAGAAAAAAAUAGGGUCGGUCGGGAAUCGGAACCACAGGGACUUUUUUAGGCCAGGGUGGUCAUCUCACUGAUCUCAAAAAUAUAGCUGUUUAAAAUUAAACUAAUUUCAUUUCAAAGUACGAGUAAUAUUAAUAAGUUGAAGAGUUUAUAUCGGCAAAGCCCAGUUAAUUUCAAUGAACAUUUGAAACGUUUCGGCGAAGCGUUUCGUGAUGAAUUUAAAUUCGAUAGUUCUGUGGUUCAAAGUGUAAAACAUUCAUUUAUUUAUGAUGCUUUGAACAAAAAAUUAAGAAAACGAUUAUCGCGUUGCCAUUGCUAACAUGACGCGAGCAACGCGAGCCUGCGUUCCGUGUUGGCGUAAUUAGAAUACUUCAUGUUGAAACAAUGUUUGGAAAAUGUGGGCGAGGGGUUGUUGCAUGCAUGUAUUUCUAGUAAAAUACGAGAUAGCAGGAGAAAUUACAAUGCAAUUUCGAUUGAUAUGAAAGAAUGGUAUUGCACAUGUAUAGGCCUACAUAUGAACCAUACAUAGCAAAUAUUUCAAUAAUGAAAACCAAAUGGAAAUGUAAUGUAUCAAAUGAAUUAACAAUGCAUUUAAUUCUCUUAUCGUGCACAUAUAUAAGUAUAGUUUGGUCGGUAGAGAUAUGAUUCUCUUAGUUAUUUGAGUGCUUGACAAUUAUUCUAAUUAUUCUCUCCGUGCAAGCAAGGCCAUGCAUAUUAAUAAUAUCCGGAAUAUAUACUUUACUAGAUUGUAUAAAAUUAACAUCAAAUUAAAUAUAUGAUGAAUAAGUUGAUGAAUACAAUAAAAUAAUAACUUAAUAAAAUAGACGAGAGGUUAACAAUUGCAAAUGAAAAUAGUCGUCUAUUUACAAAUGAAAAUAGUCGUCUAUUUAUAACAUAAAUUUCCCAUUACCUUCGCACUUUACAUGCAACUGUAUUCGUCCAAUACACACCAACGGCGGCGCUUCUCGGAACAGUUCGUCAAAUAUAAAUCACAAAAUUAAAGUAAAUACAGUUUAUAUAUGGACCUUCGGCAAUACAGCGUCAAAGGCAAAGCGACUUGUAUAUAUAGAAAAAACUAUUCGUGUAUACAAAAUAGUAUAAAUACACACUAAACAUACCUUUGAAACAAAAUCUAUGUAUUUUGUUUGGUAUUGUGACUAAAAUUGAUUAAAAAUCUACCCAGUUUCAAACUUUUAAUGUUUAUGCUAAAAAAAUCGAAAUUGGCGCUUCGUGCCAAUAUAACACGUGAUACAUUCCAAUUGCAUUGAUUGGUGCAAAUAUUAGUACUUCCACUAAUUGCAAAAUAUUUCAGCAGCAGAAUUUCAACAGGAUAAUUUUUUUUUUAAAUCUACUGAUAAUGUCUUCUGAUAAUGCAGUUUUAAUAGAAUGGAAUUCGUCGUAGCUGGGAUGACAUGAAUAUAACAAGAAAACUUUUCUGAGAGAUUACGACUAGCCUCGAUCACCGGGACGCGUUUGCUCCAGUGAACUAGCAAUAGAGCAAUCCGCGACGCGCCUUCCGGUUUUAAGCGAAGACCAUUUGCCAGUCAGCUGAGUAUUUGUAGACUAUUUAUACAAAAUUUUCACUUCUUUGCAAAAAUAAAUAUGUUAGGUCAGUGGCGAGCUAGCCUUGGCAACAGGUCAUGUUAUGCAAAUCUUUAAUGAGUGGCAUUUGUUCAAACUUUUAUGUUUAGAAAUGUAUUGUCUUUAACCUAUUUAAAUCGAAGUUGAUUAGCAUAACAUGAACGUGUUGCCAUGGUUAGCUUCGCCAUUGCCCUAGGGUUUCGCCAUAGUCGUGCGCAUAAAAAUUAAAACUAGCUGACGAAAUAGAGUGAAAUUACUCCUUUGUCUUUUCUUUUUGCUGGAGUUAUUUUUACUCUUUUGGUGAAGUCAAAUUGCCUCCCAGUUGAUAUACAUUUUACCUGAAAUAUAUAUAAAAAUGAGAUAGUUUUAACUCCUUUUAUGCAUGGAGUGUGUUCAACUCCAAAAUUUUGACUCUCCCAAAGGCAGUAGUAGUUUUAACUCCUGAUUCCUUGAAAUAUAUUUAACACUAUAAUGCUGAAAACCAUUGUUGAUUUGAAUAAAUUUCUCUUUCUUGUAGGCAUAUCAAAAAUGGCGUGAUAGACAUGGGAAUGAAAAGAAGUUACCAGCUCUUUCUUUUAAUAACGAUCAGCUUUUCUUCAUUAGUUUUGCUCAGGUAUGGAUGCAACACAAUUUACUGGCAACGUAUUUUGUUAUUUUGGAAAUAAAAGACAUCGAUUUUUGGAAAGAAAAAGUCGAAGCCGGGGAAGGUCAUUCUCUUAUCGACAUCCUGGACCAUUGUUACCGGGGGAAU